UGCCCACCUGCACCCAGUGCCCACCUGCACCCUGCCACACCACCCAGUGCCACCUACACCUGCCCACACCCAGUGCCCACCUGCACCUGCCACGCCACCCAGUGCCCACCUACACCCUGGCCCACCUCCCAGUGCCCACCGGUACGCCCACCUGCCCCAGUGCACCCUGCCCCCGGUGCCCCACCUGCCCCAGUGCCACCUGCCCCAGUGCACCCCAGUGCACCCCACCUGCACCCAGUGCGCCCACCUACACCCAGUGCACCCACCUGCACCAGUACCCUGCACCCAGUGCCCCACCCAGUGCACCCACCUGCACCCAGUGCCACGCCCAUUUACCCCAGUGCACCCACCUACGCAGUGCCCCACCUGCCCCCAGUGCCACCCACCUACCCCAGUGCGCCCACCUACACUGCCACCCCCAGUGCACCCACCUACCCCAGUGCACCCACCUGCACCCAGGUGCACCACCCAGUGCCACCUACACCCAGUGCACCCACCUACCCCCAGUGCCCACCUGCCCAGUGCACCCGCACCCAGUGCCACCUACACCCAGUGCCCUGGUGCUACCCGGUGCCCCACCUGCCCCCAGUGCCCACCUGCCCCCGUUGCCCGCCUGCACCGGUGCACCCACUGCAGUGCCUGCGGUGCACCCACCUGCACCCAGUGCGCCCACCUGCCCCCGGUGCACCACCUGCACCCACCAGUGCACCCACUGCCCCAGUGCACCCCACCUGCACCCAGUGCACCCACCACCCCAGUGCCUGCACAUUGCCCCCACCGUUGCCACCUGCACCAGUGCCCGCACCCUGCCCCAGUGCACCACCUGCCCCCAGUGCACCCACCUACCCAGUGCCACCUACGCAGUGCGCCUGCCCCCCGGUGCGCCCACCUGCACCAGUGCACCUGCACCACGUGCCCCCUGCACCCGGUGCACCCACCCCCCAGUGCACCCACCUGCCCCCGGUGCCCACACUGGUGCCUCCCCAGUGCCCACCUGCCCCACCACCCCCAGUGCACCCACCUGCGCGGUGCGCCACCUGCACCCAGUGCACCCACCUGCACCCGGUGCGCCCACCUGCGGUGCAGCCUGCCCCGGUGCGCACCCCGGUGCGCACCUGCACCCGGUGCGCACUGCCCCGGUACGCCACUGCUGCACCCUGCCGGUGCGCACUGCCCGGUGCGCCCACCUGCCCCCGGUGCGCCCACCUACCCCAGUUGCACCACCUGCCCCCAGUACACCCAGGUGCCACCUACGCGGUGCGCACCUGCGCCUGCCCCCGGUGCCACCUACACCCGGUGCACGCACCUGCGCGGUGCCACCUGCCCCCGGUGCGCCCACCCUGCACCCGGUGCUGCUCCGCGCCUGCUGGGUUGCCACCUGCCCCGGUGCGCCCACCUGCCCCCGGUGCGCCCACCCUGCCCACCCCGCCACACUGGAGAUUACCCACUGUGAUGGCACUGGUGAAGAAAGAGUGCCAUUAUCAGGCAGAGAAGACUCUUGGCACUGGCACCAUACAAACACUGCAACAUAUGCCCACCAUAAUGCCAGAGAUGCCCACCAUAAUGCCAGAGAUGCCCACCAUAAUGCCAGAAUGCCCACAUAAUGCCCUGGAUGGAGAGAUGCCCACCAUAAUGCCUGGAUGGAGAGAUGCCCACCAAAAUGCCCUGGAUGGAAGACGCCCACCAUAA